AUGGAGCAGCUCUCCACAAGAUGCCUCAUGGCUCAAGCUAAGUGUAGCAGUGUUGAGUUUCUGGAGUUCUUGUCAGAGAUUCCCUAUGGGAUAAAGUAUGAUAAGACUUGGAUAGUGAAUUCAAUCCAGAGCCAUUGCAAUGUCCCCUUCACUCCAGUCGCUUUCCACUACAACAAAAAUCAGGCCCACUUCUUUGUUCAGGAUGUUAGUGCUGCCUGUGCAUUAAAGAAAGUCAACUGCAAGAUUCAUGAUGAGAAAAACCAAAAGGUGUUUGUUUUUGUCAAUCUUUCUACUAAACCCCAGUCUAUGCAGAAAAUGUUGAAACCAAAAGAGAUGGCACAGCUAAAGUUGACCCUGAACAAACGAUAUGAUGUCUCCCAGCAAGCUCUUGAUCUCCAGAGGCUCCGCUUUGACCCAGACUUGGUGAAAAAUCAUAUUGAUAUAAUCCUGAAUCGAAGAAACUGCAUGGCUGCCACUCUGAAGAUCAUUGAAAGGAAUUUCCCUGAGCUAUUAUCUUUGAACUUGUGUGACAACAAACUGCACCAGCUGGAUGGCCUGCCUGACAUUAUAGAGAAGGCUCCCAAAGUCAAGACCCUGAACCUCUCCAAAAAUAAGCUGAAGUCAGCAUGGGAGUUGGGCAAGGUGAAAGGGCUGAAGCUCGAAGAGCUCUGGCUAGAAGGGAACCCCUUGUGCAGCACCUUCUCGGACCAGUCCGCCUAUGUAAGUACCAUCCGGGAAUAUUUCCCCAAGUUGUUACGCCUGGAUGGCCAGGAGUUAGGAUCUCCAAUUAUAAUUGGCAUUGAAGCCCCUGAGAUAAUAAAACCUUGUAAGGAAAGCUAUAAAGGAUCUGAGACCAUAAAGAGUCUGGUACUUCAGUUCCUGCUUCAGUAUUACUUGAUCUAUGACUCUGAAGAUCGAAAGGGUCUCCUCAGUGUUUACCAUGACAAGGCCUGCUUCUCCCUGACCAUUACCCUCAACCCUGAGGACCCAGAACCGAGCAGCUUGGAAAAAUACUUCAAGGAUAGCAGGAAUAUAAAGAAUAUCAAGGACCCUCACCUGAGGGUUCAGUUGCUGAAGCACACAAAACGUGAGAUUGUGGACUCCCUCAGUGUAUUGCCUAGAACUCAGCAUGACCUUAACUCCUAUGUGGUAGAUUUGUGCAUCCAGACGGAAAGGAUGCUCUUCUUUUCUGUCAAUGGAGUAUUUAAGGAAGUGGAAGGAGAGUCUCCAGGUUCUGUUCUUGCCUUCACCCGAACUUUCAUCUUGACUUCUAUCAGCAAUUCCAAUCUGUAUAUUGUGAAUGACAAGCUGAUUGUGAGGAAUGCCAGCAUGAAGGAGACCCAGAGUGCCUUCUCCAUCCCAGUGCCUGCACCCUCCUCCAGCUCCUUGCCUACCCUCUCCCAGGAGCAGCAGGAAAUGGUGGAGACUGUCUCCAUCGAGUCUGGGGUGAAACUUGAGCAGUCUCAGAAGUGCCUUCAGGACAGUGAGUAGAACUACACCAAAGCUGACCAGGUUUUCACUAUGCUCCAGGUGAGAUCUGGGAAUCAAGUGGGUAAAACGUGGAUGUUUCCUGUAUUUCAGAAAGGCCAGAAAAUUGAGGCCAGGUUGUCUGGGUAUGGAACCCAGGGCAUCUGGCUCUUUGGAUGUCCCAACUCCUUUUCUUUAGUUCCUCUAGACCGAGAGCAAGAUCCCAGUGGAGGCCUUCAAGCAAAUCCCCUAAAAGGAGCCCUUUGAUGUCUUCUUUGUCUUCAUUCACAUCCUCUUUGUUUCCUCUUUUUACCAGCCUAACUAAGGCCAUGCCCAGGACUGGGGUUGGCGGCCUGGCUCACCAGAAAGCCAAAGUUAACUUGCAGGCGAGAUAACAUAACCACUCGAAGAACCAGUUGUUCUGUGUAUUCACCCCACUCAUGAUCACCGUUUUAUUUUCAUAAUAAAGAGUGAUG